CUGGUGUAGAACCGAAGGCCAUCAUGUCCGGGACGCAAAGGGUGGUGCGAUGGUAUCCUCCAGCGUACGACAUCCGAGUAGAAGAUGCUCCGAUCCCACAGAUCAUUGACGACGAUGAUGCGAUAGUCAAAGUCAUACUAGCGGGACUAUGUGGAAGCGACUUGCAUAUCUACCGAGGGCAUGAAGACGUUGAUCGCGACCUGAUAUGUGGCCAUGAAAUUGUCGGAGAAGUCGUCGCACUUGGCUCGAGCUUCUGUCCUGACUCAAUUGGUCGACCUGAAUUGUACUCGACGCUCAAGGUAGGGGACAAGGUUGUGUCUCCAUUCACUGUCUCGUGCGGGGAAUGCCACUUCUGUCGCAUUGGCUUCACGUGUCGAUGCAAGCACUCCUGCCUGUUGGGCAUUCCCGCUCUUCCAGGAGGUCAGGCACAAUACAUCCGUAUACCCAAGGCAGGCGGGACCCUCUUCAGCCUCAACUCCCACCAUGUGUCGUCCUCGAGACCAGUACCGGACUUAUCCACGCUCUCAGAUAGUUCUCUUCUGCUUCUUGCAGACAUACUACCGACUGGAGCGUUUGCAGCUAUACAGGCACUUCAACAUCCGAAGGUUGCGCCAAUUCUGAUAGGAGCAAAAUAUCCAUUUGGUGGUUUCGUCGCCCAUCGAGUUACCGCCCGUGACCAAACAUCGGUCGGGCUGCAAGCAGAAGAUCGGAUUCUUACCAUCGGUAUUGUAGGACUAGGGCCCGUAGGGAUUUGCGCGACUGUCAGUCUGCUCGACAUGUUGUCAGGACUAGCGGAGAGUCAAGGGUUGGUGUAUCAAAUCAUCGCGAUCGACCCACUCGAGUCCCGUCGCAGCAAGAUGGAGGCGGUCUAUGACACCAUUCAUUCUGGCGGAAAAGCCUGGACUGGGCGUUUCGCUGUCGCUUCCAUCGACGAUGGGAAGAAGCUGUCAGCGGAGUGGACCGACGGCGCCGGAUGCAACGCAGUUCUCGAGGUCGUAGGAAACAACAACGCGCUCACGUUGUCUUACGAGAUCGUGCGACCGUUCGGGAUAAUCAGCUCGGUUGGCGUGCACCAGGAGCCCCCUCUGCCGUUCAACGGACGAGGGGUCUACGACAAGAAUGUCUCCUUUGAUUUUGGUCGCUGCCCUGUCCGAGCGAUGUUCCCGAUAGCAGUGGACAUCUUGCUCAAGCGACAGGAUGUGUUCGGGAGUGUCGGGGAGAAAGCAAGUUUGAUCGACAAGAUCGUUCCUUUGAACGAAGCACCGGAUGCAUACGAGGAUUUUGACAAGGGAAGGUGUGGCAAAAUUCUGUUUGAUCCAUGGCGAUGACUACUCUAGCCGACACGGCGCCCCGACUGGCGGGUGCCUCGGAGCAUAAAGAAUAUAUGUUGACACGUC